CUCCAGUUGAACCACGUGUGUUUGGUUUCGUUCGACUGCUGUAUCCUCAGUGAAGCGAAUUUUCGCAGAGAGGACAACUAAAAAACAAGACUUACUUUAACCAAAAAGUUACUAAAAAUGGCUGAAGAAGUGAACCCCAAAGCUUAUCCUCUUGCUGAUGCAACCCUUACAACAAAAAUUUUAAACAUAGUUCAACAAGCAUCUAAUUAUAAACAGCUCAAGAAAGGAGCUAAUGAAGCCACCAAGACAUUAAAUCGAGGUUUGGCGGAGAUCAUUGUUAUGGCUGCUGAUGCUGUGCCACUUGAAAUUUUACUACACUUGCCACUGUUGUGUGAAGAUAAGAAUGUUCCAUAUAUAUUUGUAAAGUCUAAGCAUGCUCUUGGACGAGCUAGUGGUGUAUCUCGACCAGUCAUAGCCUGUUCAGUUACUAUCAAUGAAGGAUCGCAGUUGAAGCCUCAAAUACAAGUUUUGCAACAAGAAAUUGAGAAGUUGUUGGUGUGAAACAUAAACUUGUUUUUCUUGCACUAUAUUUUCUUGGGAAUUUAAUUUCAGUAUUGUAAACUGACAGUGUUUUUUUUAUGUCGUGGUAAAAGAUUUUUUUGUCAUUACAUCAUAAUCAUUCCACUUAUGGACAACAUAUUUCAGUAAAUAAAGGAAUGAAAUAAUAUUUCACUAAUCAGUUACAUAAAAUAAUACAUUGUCUACACAAUUUUUCAGGUAGUGCCUUAUUUCUUUUUUUAUAAUAUUAUAUUUUGAAUUUGAAUGUUGCAAAGAAAAAGGUACUUGUAUAUAGUACAUAGAAAAGCACAUAGAUUAGUAUAACAGUCAUGGUUUUCAGAAUAGUUAGUAAUUUUACUUCAAAAUUGAAAAGAGUAAAAUACUUUAUGUUGUAUGUGUGCAAGUAGUAACCUUAUUCACUGAAGGUUACCAGCCAAAGAGAAAUAAGGAAAAUUCUGAAAUUGCCACAAUAGAAAGUGCACUCUAUGCUACAGAAGUACAAUUCAACCAAUAAUGUGAUCAAUUUGAAUGGCAGAGGGGGGAAAAAUCAUAAUAAAGUGACAAGAAUGAGUCAUUUUUGUCAAGGUCAGAAGAAACAGACAUGUGAGUGCUUUAGAUAUUGUGCAGGAACUAGUUGAACACUAUGGUAUUAGGAUGUCAGUACAAAGAGUACAAAAUAGAUUAAAAGAGAAGGGAUUUGAUGGGAAGAUUGCUAGAAAGAAGCCCUUCAUUAAUAUAGUCAACAAGAAGAAAAGAUUAGCUUUAUUAAGAAAUAUCUCCAAAUGCCAGAAGUUUUAGCCAAAAUUAUUUGGUCUGAUGAGUCUAAAUUUAAUAUAUUUAUUUGGUGGAAAAAAAAAGUGAACCGGAUAAAAGAAUGGUCUCCACUGCCACCAGGUCUCAAUCCUAUUGAACAUUUGUAGGAUGAACUAGAUUACGUAACAAAGAGAAGAUCUGUUAAAUCUUCUAAGGAUGAAUUAUGGAGAUACCUGAAGGAUAUGGAAAAGCAUUGAACUAGACACUUGCAAAAAGUUUGUUUCUCUUAUGAAAAGAGGUUUGCAAGCUGUUAUUGAAGCAGAAGGAGUUCCCACUAAGUACUGAAAAUGUCAACAAAUAAAAUAAUAAACAAUAAUUAUAAAUGAACAUUUAAUUGACUGAAUAAAUUUUUGAACACAUCUGGCAAACAAUGUUUAUUUAAAAAUAUUUUUAUAGGAGAGAGAAAGUGUUUGAAUUUCAUUUACAAGUUGCAUGAAUAUGUACUAAAUAUGAAAAAUAGUUUUUCUUUGCAACAGUCACAUUCAGUAUAAAAGAUUACAAAAGAAUAAGAAAUGUGGCACUUCCUGAAUAAUUCUUGUAGAAACUAAAUGGGGUAAACUGUCCAUCAUAUGUUUUAAUUUUUACUUUUUUUUAAAGUUGAAGGUAGCUAAAAACUGAAAGAUGAAACUAGGUUUUGUGACAACUAGGUUUAACAUUAAAUAAAAACUACCGCUCAACUGAAGGAAAUAUAACUUUCACAGCAAGUUUAAUGUAGAAGUUUUAAUUUAAAAAAAAGUAUACUUCAUAUCAUCAUUUAACAUUUUAUGGUAUAAUUGACCAAGACCAAAUAAAGUCCUGAAAAAUAAAACAUUUACAAUUUCUUACAGAUUUUGAAUUAGUCAUGUUAUUGUAAAAAAGAAUAUGCAGCAAAGGUUUUAAGCAGGUUUAAAGGAAAUUCAAUUUAAAUUGUAACAGUUGUGAAUUUCACCAUAUUUAAUACUGCUACCUACUGAAGACUUUUCUAUUGGGGCUUAAAACUCAUAAGAAUAACAUGGUUUAACAAAGGAAACAUUUUAAUAGUUUCAUUUAUAAAAAUCUUCUAAUCGUUGAGUUUUAAGCACAUAAAUAAUUAGUAUUUGCAAACCUUAGUCAGAUAUGCUAAUAUAUGCAAAUGCAAAAUGUGUUGGUUUGUAAGUUCAAUAUCAGUGAACUAAUUAAAGUUAAAAAAAAAGACUUUUGAUCCAAACAUUUAAUUUUUUGAAUCAUAGAUCUUCCUUCAUCAAAGGAGAACUAUGUGUUUUUACGGAGAAUGGUAAUACUUUUAACAGGUUCCUAGAGAGAAAAAGAGACUAGUAAUAAUUCUGUAAAAAGAACUAUUGAAACUAACAGUUCUUGGGACUGUAAAUAUGAAACUUAUCUCAUUAACUUUAGAAAAUAUCAAACCACAGUAAUUUAAACAAAAAUGAAAACUUUUUUAGGAAACUUAAGCAUAAAAGCUUUUUACUUUUACUACAAUAAACAUAAGACAUUUCAAACUUCUAGUUUUGCAAAUAUACAAAGCUUAUGAAAUGUUUGUGGAAAAAUGGCUCAUAUGUAUCAACCUACAAAUAUUAUGUUACAUUAUUUGUAUUAAAGCAUGGUACGAAGGUAUCAAGUAUAAGUAGUAUGAUAUAUAUGUAUGCAUGUGUAUGUUUUAAGCUCUAAAGAAAAAGAAGCAAUUAUAUCAUAUUUCAAAGAAAUAGCAAUUUUAAAAAUAAUUCUAAAAUAACAUUUUCUUUAUAAUACCCAAGCAUUCCAGUUUUAAGAAAUGAUAAAAAGUAUGCUUAUUUUAGAGAUCCAGUACAUACAUGUUCCCUAUGUAUGUCAUAAAUGUUUGACAUUUUUCACAUACCUGAUUGACUUUUGGUUAGUUUGGUUGUGGAGUUUUGUACCAAGAUAGUUCAGGGCUAAAUGUGCUAGCUGUUCCUAAUUUUGAAGUAUACACUAGAGAAAAGGUAGUUAGUGAACACCACCAACGUUUGGACUACUUUUUACCAAUAAAUAGUGGGAAUGACUUUCACAUUAUAAUGCUCCAAUGGCUGAAAGGGUGAUCAUGUUCAUAAGGGUUUGAUCCUGCAGAUUGCAAGUUAAGUGCCCUGACCACCAGCCCAUGCUAGGCAGAAUUUUAUUGAAAGGAACUAACACUAGUGUCUUAGAUAUUUAGCAAUGAAUGUUACACACUUGAUCAAUACUUCAAAGUUUUAAUUUUAAUUACAAAAAUAUGCUGGUGGUCAUAAUAAUUGCAAGUUCAAUUACUAAGUAAGUCCAUUUAGAAUAUUCAUUAUUUUUACUUCAGGGAAGAAUUCUGUUAUCUAGUUUUUUUUUCAUAAUUUGAAAUGGAAAGUCUGCAAUGUUCUCUCACUGGCCACUUUAUUGAGAAGCUCCUAUCAUAUCAAUAAGCCCUUUCAAACAGCAGGCUCUGCAAAUUGAAUUGAGCACACUGUGUUGCACUUGGUUACAAGAGAUCUAUGGAACCAUGUCUGCAGCAAUAUUUUAGUUAUUGAGGCAAGAAUUUGUCCAAGUUCUAGUGAAAGGGGAUCAUCUGUCAGAUAUAUCCAUCCCUAAGACAGUAUUACUGAUUAGAAAUUCAAAGAUGAGUGUGUCUACAGUGUAUCAGAUCCAAUUGGCCAAAACAAACAAAACUCUUAAAUGGAAAUGUGGACAAAAGGGUCAAAGUAGAAUAUAGAGGAUUCUGUGGAGUUCUAUAAAUUUGUGGUGGAAAAAGUAUCAUAUUUAUUCGACAUUGGGAAAAACUACAUAAUAUUAACCCAAACUAUGUGUAGGUUGUUGUAUUUUAUGUUAUACAUCAACCAAUGACCUCCGUAUGACUGAUAUCAGUAUUCAAUAGGAAAUUGAGGUUGCAGUGGUAGCUAAGAGAGAUGAGAAUGGACUGUUAAUAAUAGAGUCCUGAUUUAUCCUGUUUUGCAUGGGUAGGAAGACUAUGGCAGAAAUAUCAUAAGGCUUUGGAUCCAACUUGUAUGGUGCCUACAGUUCAGGCUAUAGGUAGAAAUAUAAUGGUGUGGGGAUGUAUGAUUAAUACUGUAGGGAUACCUAAUCCUUCUGGUAGGUUGGGUAAACUACAGAGCUUACCUGAGCUUUGUAGUUAAUCAGGUUCUUCCCACUGUACGGUGGCUUUUUUUAGGGUGAUAAUGAAAUAUUCCUCCUUGUGGAAUAGUUCAGGGUUGGCUCCUGACACAUGAUAUUGACUUCAGACAUAUUUCCAUGCUGGUUUGAUUGUUGGAGCUAAAUCCUAUUGAACAUUUAUGGGAUGAGCUGGAACAUCAGAUUCUGUGCUAACAUCUCCUUAUGUUAACAAUAAGUCUGUUAAGUGUUGUAUUGUUGGAAUCUAUGCCAUUUAAAUUGUUUUGUUUUCAGAGCCAAAGGAAGCAUAACCAAAUAUCGAGGGGAUUCCAAAUAAAGUAACCAGUAUGUAUACUGUCUGUCUAAUAAGUUUUUCCAAUAUUUUGCUGUUUUCUAUUUUUAAUUUAUGGAAGCUGAGUUUCUAUCUUCAUUUAAGAAUCAUACAGUUAUCUAAGUCCUUUGUCCAAAACUGUCUUUGACUUUGUUAUGAAACAGUGGACUGUAAUGAUAGAAACUUUGGAGCUACUGAAAUUACCUUGAAACUGUAGAUUUAAUCCCUUAACAACAGAAAUAGAUACAAAACUGUGUUCUAAUGCUAAAUAAAUUUGUAAAUAGACAAAUUUUAUGAUUCUAUCUAAAACCUUGGCCAUCUUGUUGUACAUAAUCUGUCUGACAGUUGUAGAGAUCAUAAAUUAUUUUAGGAUAUUUUCAAAGGAUUCCUGAAGUUUUGAAUACCAAACAAUAAGAAUGAUAUUAAAGUAAGUAUAAAGCUGAUAUUGUUAGGGAUAGAUAGAGACUGAAUAAUUUCAUGGUUGAAGCAAUUUGUGUGUUUGUAAGAAUAUCAAUGCAUCAUUUUACAUUUUCUCUUUUAUGGGCACUGCUGAUAAGUAGUUUGUUUACGAUUUACUAAUACUCAUGUGAAA